UUCCGCUCCACCAGGCGGCGCCGGAAAGCGCUUUGUGUUCAAUAACAGCGAUCCCUUCAGAGUCAAAUCACAGCUACACGGAAGGAAAGAAGAAAGUAGCUCAUGCAGCUGAUAUGAAGAAGCUCGGGGUCAAAAGCCACCAGACUUCACCUUGUGUGUUUUGGUGUUCAGGCAGGAGCUGAGUGUGUGUCUACCUGCGCAGUGAUGAGGGAGUGGUGGCAGCGUGCGGUUCUGCUGUUCUUCCUCCCUCUCCUCGCCGUCUACCUGCACGUCCCGCAGCCGUCGCUGUCACCCACCCUGAACGCCUGGCGCUCCUCCGGACGCUUCUUCAGCUUCAGGGGAAACAAAAUCUUUUACAGAGAGUCUCUGGGUGCUGUGGGGAGCUCUGAUGUGGUGCUGCUGCUUCAUGGGUUUCCCACCUCGAGCUACGACUGGCACAAGGUUUGGGAGCCUCUGAGUCAGCGCUUUAACAGAGUCAUCGCACUCGACUUCCUCGGCUUCGGCUUCUCAAACAAACCUAGACCACACGACUAUUCUGUGUUUGAGCAGGCUGCUGUAGUGGAGGCUCUAAUCUCACAUCUGGGCCUCGACGAGCAGAAGAUCAACCUGCUGUCUCAUGACUAUGGAGACACUGUAGCACUGGAGCUCCUGUACAGGAGUGACAACAACCGAACCGGACACAUGGCUAUAAACAGCCUCUGCCUUUCAAAUGGAGGGAUCUUCCCCGAGACGCAUUACCCCAGGUUCCUACAGAAGGUCCUGAAGGAUUAUGGUUUCAUCUCCCCUCUGCUUACCAGGCUCAUGAACUUCUACAUCUUCUCUAAAGGGAUCGGAGAAGUCUUCGGUCCGUACACUCAGCCGGCUGAAGCCGAGCUCUGGGACAUGUGGACGGGAAUCCGCUUUAACGACGGAAACCUGGUGAUGGACAGCAUCCUGCAGUAUAUUAAUCAGAGACUGAAGCACAGAGAGCGAUGGGUUGGAGCGCUCACGUCUACAUUAACACCAUUGCACAUGAUCUACGGACCGCUGGAUCCGGUGAAUCCGCACCCGCAGUUUAUCCAACUUUACCAAAAGCUGGUUCCCGAGUCGACCGUCACCGUUCUGGACGAGCACAUCAGCCAUUACCCACAGCUCGAGGACCCCACAGGCUUCACCAACGCCUACCUCAGCUUCAUCAACUCGUUCUGAGCAGCGCAGAAGACGUGAAGAUGAACCACGGUGAGAGGAGCGUCAGGAGCGACGCCGUACGCCGUGAAGAACCGGGACGGGUUUCUUUUAGCUGCUGAUUUUGAUUUAAUUAGUUUGGUAUUAUAAUAGUGCGCUGUUCCUCACGUCAUAAUAUAAUUUUACACUGAUGACGCUGGGCUGGAAAACUCCUCGUUAGUUAUGAAAGUUAUACCGUCGAGAUCUUUACGAAUAAACUGAUUAACCCUAAUUUUGGAAGGAAAAAAAUAUAUAAACGUCAUCAGCAAAGUGUAAUGGUUCAAGACAGAAUUGAUCAGAUGUGUCUUAGGGCCUUUUUACACCCGGUCACUUCAUGUGUUGUCUCUGAUCCGAUAGCUAUCUGAUUUGUUAAAACUGUUCCAUUUACAUUAGACCACAUAAACGCGUCUCGGCGAAUCGGAUAUCGAUCCGAUCUUUCUACUCAGCAUAAUCUUUAUGCUGCCAAUGUUUUUAGCACAUGGUGAGGAAACCAUCUGCUAGAAGGCCAAUGAAAGGAAUUUAUACCAUCUGUAUUAUCUGUAGCCUGCUACAUAAGUGUGAACCUAAAGAGGCUAAAAUUUAGACCAUUACAAAGUGCUCUAAAGGAAUCUUUCAUUAAAUGUUUGUGUAAGAUCAGAGGUUCCUGCCUCUUGUCCUGGAGAGCCACAGUGAGUGAGUGAGUCUUAGAGCAUUUAAGUGAAAUAUUCAUCAUGUUUAAUAACAAACAGGAAGGAAAACCUCCUGAAUCACCACCAGCUUAAGACGAUUAGAAUAGUGAAGAUUUUGUCACGAAUCAAUAAAGAAAGCCGUAUUUUUAUGAGCAGAAGCAAUAAACAACAGUGUGUUUGUUUCCUCAUUUAUUAA